ACACUGGACAACAGGCCAUGACUAAGGCUUUUCCUGUGUGUCUUUCUCUCUCUUUAUUUUCCACUGCUCUGGCUCGUGAGGAGAGUGGCUGCCUCCACCAGCUCCAGCAGCGUUAAAGCAAGCAGUGCCAGUAUCAAUGCUCAUUGUGAACUCGCUUUAGACAGCACAUCAAUCCGGUGACCAGAUCCCACUAAAGUAGGGUGAUACGUUGUACAUAAUACAUCAAUUUACGGCUACGAUUUGUGAGUUUUUUGCGAUUUCUGUUUCUUUCGGUCUUAUUUUUGGAUUCAAUACACAACUUUGAAUCUGAUUAAUAUGGAUGGCUGGGACUCUUGAAUACACAAGGCUAGCUAUCACACCAUCUUUCGGGCUGGACUGUGCGGCAGCUGCUCGGCCCCCACGCCCCCCUGCCAUGGUGUCCCGCGUAGGCAUGCGCCAGCUGCUCAUGCGUGAACAAUUGCAGCAGGAGGAGCAGCGGGAACGUCAGCGUCACCUGCAUCAAAUGCAACAGCAGGUGUCCGGAUCUGCUCCCACGCCCGCCAUCAAUGCACCUGUGCACUUCCCAGCACCAAUGCAGGUGCCUGUCGAGGUGCUGAAGGUACAAACACAUCUGGAGAACCCCACUGACUACCACAUCCGCCAGUCUCAGAAGCAGCAGGUGAAGGAGUACCUGUCUAGUACAUUCGCCCCCAAGCAAGCUGUCCAUGCUGCAGCCGGGAUAGUCCACCCCUCUCCACCCUGCAUGGCGCAGUGCCAGUCAGCCGGUGCUGUGCAACCCUUGCCGUCACCAUGCGCGUCACAGCUUGUCACCACCGCAGGGAACAGCGCCCCCAACAGUCCUAUGGCUAUGCUGAACAUCAGCUGCAGCCAUGAGAAAGAGCAGAUGGAGGAAGUUAUUGAGGACAUCAUAAGCAUGCAGUCCAGCUACGACCCUGUAGUACAGAUGCCAAACACACUGCCUCUGUCCAGCAGCCAUUUGGACGUGUACACUGGACCUGGCAUGGCAGGUCCUGCCAUCGGCAUGACUAGCAACUCCUGCCCUGCCAACCUACAUCACAAAAGAGAGAUAUCAGAUGCUGAAGCUCGUGCAAUGGCCAAGGAGAGACAGAAAAAAGACAACCACAACCUGAUUGAAAGGAGAAGGAGGUUCAAUAUUAAUGACCGCAUCAAAGAGCUGGGCACCAUGAUUCCUAAAACGAAUGACCUGGAUGUCCGUUGGAACAAGGGAACUAUUCUCCGGGCUUCAGUAGAGUACAUUAAACGGAUGCAGAAGGACAUGCAGAGAACCAGGGAAGUGGAGAGCAACUUCAAGAGGAUGGAGGUGGUCAAUAAGCAGUUGUGGCUCCGCAUCCAGGAGCUGGAGAUGCAAGCCCGAAUGCACGGUCUGCCUAGCAAUUCACCCUCAGGCAUGAACAACAUUGAAACCAUGAACCAGUUUGUGAAGCAGGAGAACAGCCCUGAUGAGCUUCACCACCAGCGACAUCCUCCUAAUCAGCCCCCUCAACUCCACUCCCAGCCCCAGCAGCUUCACCCUCAGCAGCUCCACCCUCAGCAGCUCCACCCCCAGGUUUCUCAGCUCCACCCCCAGCCACCGCUGCAGUACUCGGCCAUAGGGAGCACACAGCAUUUUGACUUCAGUCACGCACUGGACCUGUGCGAUGGCAGCAUACCAGGUUAUGCUGAUGGCAUGGGGUGCCUGGGAGAUUUGGGCUCUAUAGGGGGCACAGCUGGUAGCACUAUGGUUCACGCGGGCAAGAAGAACGAGAUGUCCUGGAUGGAUGAGGGGCUAUCGCCGCUGGGCACAGACCCACUGCUCUCUGCCAUGUCGCCCGAAGCAUCUGUGGACAGCAGCCGCCGUAGCAGCUUCAGCAUAGACGACUCGGACAUACUGUGAAAUGGCUCCAGCAGGAAUAUUAACACAUACAAACACCAAUUUUAUUAAAACAAAAAGGGCAACUUUUUAUGUCUUCAAGAUCAUUUUGGAGGAUAUCUCUAUAUCAUCAGCAGUCAAAAAACCUUUAUUACGUUAGAUAUGAUUUGAUACACUGCCAUACAUAGCCAUACACUGGUAAAAAAAAAAACAUACAUACACUAAAUCUGGUACUUACAUUUCUUAUGUAUAUAUACAUCCAAAAAAUCCAAGCAAAAUACAUACCAGUGCUACCACACAAAUCCAAAAGGCCAUUUUAUCCAGAAGGAAACAUUUAAGCAAUUGUUGGUGAUAAAACAACAAGUAGCAAGCAAUGUUUAGUUCUCACUCCAAACGCAUAGCCUUAAUCGGUGACUUCAGCAUUAAACCAACAGAAGAAGGAAAAGGGGCAUAGACUGAUAAUAGAGUGAUAUAGAAAUGCAUACGGUAUGUUUUUUUAAUUAAAUAUUAUCGUUGAAUGGCAGCUUUUUCUCAGGCAUUUUGGAAAAAAAAACUCAUCAGGGAGAUCAUCCCAAACAAAAAGGAUCUAAAGUAAUCCUUUAUUUGAAGAUCCCUUUUUGAAGGCAUUCAGAAAUCCUGUAUAGACUUUUAUUUGAUUUUUUGUUUUAUAUACAAUUUGACCUAAUAAAGAUGUCAAUAUAAGUGUAAAUACAUGGGUUAAUGGUAGCUCCGAAGUUAAGGUUCUUGCGCCAGUGUCCAGGAGUCACAAAAAGUGACUAUAGCUGAACAAGUUCCCUUAUCAUCAACUCAUCAUUGUAGAUUCGAUUCUGCUGCAUCCCUUAUUUUUUUUUUUUUUUGUUUGUUUGUUUGUUUGUUUUUUGUUUUUAAACCAACUCUAUAAAUGGUGUGCUAGGAACUGUACCUAAAGUAUUGACUUAUUGACUUUCAAGAUGGAUCCUUAAAGUAAUAAGAAAAACUUAAGAACAUAAUAGUGUAAUAAAUGGGCUUGGUUUCAAUAUUAGUGCCAUAUGCAUUAGGUGAUUAGUGUAGUAGGAUGAUCAAGGUGCUAGAAAAAACAUGCAAGUGGCACAGACUAUGAAGCUAGCCUGUUAAUCCAGCCAGUGUACUUCCUCAGCAAGGCAAAACAUCCCCCAUGAUGAGUGUUCACCACUCACUCAUAUUUACCCAGGCCAUUUUUGCGUUUUUCAUUUAAAAGCAACACGGCUACAAUAUCUUUAUCUGAGCUAUUAGCAAUAGAAAUAAUAAUCACACACGUGGUCCUCAUUCAUACACUCCUUACAGCAGCAUGCGCAUGUGAGUGUGCAUGUGUGUGUGCACUGUAAAUAAAUAUGGAGAGUGAUGGACUCAGUAAUCUGUUUUUUUUUUUUUGUUUAUGAAUAAGUCAUUUUUAUCUCUUUUCUUUUACCUUGUUAAUCAGGUUAAAAUGACCCCCUUUUUGCAACAUAUAUAAGAAAGAAUAUAUGAGACCUUUCAGAUUAUUUUUUAUGUUUAUUAGCGAAAUGAAAGCAUACAUAAAGUUUCAUGUUGAAAAGAUUAAAAUGUGAUUCGGGUCAUUUUACCCUGAACAGAACAUGAGGUUUAAGCUCCUCAUUGCUAUGUGCACUUCCUCUCUGGCCCAGGGCAAGGAUCUCAUGUGCAAUUACAGCUAGGAAUUUU